GUGUUUUCCCCGGAUCGCUUAAGGGGCAGGGACCAGCAAGAUGGCGGCUGCUGCCGUAGAUCCACGUGGGGCGGCGAAAGUUCCCAGCGCUGAGUUGGAAGAAAACGAGAGUGGAUCCGAGUGGAGUUCAGGGGUUCCAGAAGAUAGCUUUUCAAGUGAUGAUGGAGAGCAGGGUGAUGAUGAUACCCCUAAGACUCCAGAUACCAGAGUUAAAGAUGAAGAGGAAUCCAAAGAAACAGGAAAUGCUGGAUGGGCUGAAGCCAUGGCCAAAGUGCUUAACAAAAAGAUUUCUAGUAAUAAGCCCACAAUCCUGUUGAAAAACAAGGAGCGGGACGUAGAACGAAAAAAAGAAAAGCAAGAGAGAUUGGAGCAGAGGAAGAAGCUGAAUAAAAAGCGGGAAUGGGAAAUGAUGUGCCGAGUGAAGCCAGAUGUUGUCAAAGACAGAGAAGUUGAGAGAAACCUUCAGAGGAUUGCCACCAGGGGUGUAGUUCAGUUAUUCAACGCGGUCCGGAAGCACCAAACAAACGUGGAUGAGAAGAUAAAAGAAGCAGGCAGUUCUGAGAGGAAGCGAGCAAAAUUGAUCUCCUCGGUUUCCAAAAGAGACUUCAUCAGCGUCCUCCGAGGAAUGGAUGGAAAAGAAAUGGAACAAAACUCUGCUAGAAAGUCAUCAAACAGCCGUCAGAAUAAACCGAAAUCUGAAGACGCUCCAGCAUGGAGUAUAUUGCGAGACGAUUACAUGAUGGGAGCCUCAAUGAAGGACUGGGAUAAAGAAAGCGAAGAGGAGGACAAUGCUGGAGGAGAUAGCGACAUUAAGCAGGAGAUCGGAAGUGAUUCAGAUCGAUAAUAAUCAGAGUCAUCCAGAAAUCCAAGGGUAUUUUUAAUACUAUGUAGGGCAGGGGUGUCCAAACUCCCAGAAUUCUGGGAGUUGAAGUCCACAAGUCUUAAAAUUGCCAACUUUGGGCACCCCUGAUGUAGGGAUUGAAGCUUAAAGGAUGCUUUUUAAUACAAAGACCGCUUUAAAGAACAUGAAAGUUCUUGAGUUGGGCAGCCAAUAAAUUUAACUAAGUAACAGUUAAUGAGUUAACUAACUUCCUGUGGCAAUAUUGGGUCAAUUCAGCCAAUCAAAAUGCCAUUGCAUAGUUAUUAUUUGUAAGCUACCUGGAACCCUAAACUCGAGUGCAUUGUACAUAUGUCUACAUGAUGUAUCUUUGUAGUUAGGAAGGAGAUGGGUUUUGUAGUGGAAACUAGAUUGACGGCCCCAUCAUCAGGCACCCAUCAUUAGAUCAGUCAUUUUACUUUACAGGUUUAUUCAAGGUUUUACCGACUUAGUGACUUUAUUUAUAUAUUGACUUAGUGAAAGCUUGAGAUCAUAAGAUUUUGUUAAGAGUUGGUCUAUAAUGCCUCAGUCACACCUGCCUGGCACCAGUUAAAAACAAAAUACUUCAAUUAGCCCAAUGAAGCAAGAGUCUUUCUUUCUUUUUUUGUUUGCUUCUUACCUAGAAACAGGUCAAAUAGACUACUUCUGUAAUAGGAGACGACAUAUAUUUAUUCUUUCCCCCUAUUUAUAAAAGCAUCUGUUAAGUGCUAAAAAUCCAUGAACUUAAGCAGCCAUUUGGCAUUUCAGAAGAAAAGUGUAACUAACAAAAAAGUUCUUUGUUAUACAGGCUGCAUAUUUUGCCUUCUUUUCUGUGUAUACAAGUAUUCCUCCGGAGUUGUUAAGUGAGCCCAAUGUUCGCAUUGUAGCAAAUGGGCCGGUUGCUGGAAACCAGAAGUAAAAAACAGUUUCCGGCAAAACACGUGACCAUGGGGCACUGCAAACAGCUUUAAAUUUAUUUAAUUUAUUUAAUUAAAUGGGCCAGUUGUUGAGCAACCGAAAUACAGUCAUGACUACCAGUUGGGGCAACUUUAGAACUUUGAACAGUCACUAAGCAAACAGCUGUAAGUCAAGGGCUACCUGAAUAUACCUAUUACUUGAAAAAAUAAUGUAUUGCUACAUCAAGAGCAAUCAUUGCUAUUGCUGAUGUAGCCUUUCAAGUUUCAAUCCUAUAUUGUUGCAAUAUGAAUUAAUAUCUAGAGGCAGAACAUACUGUAGAAAUGAAAAAAAAAAGAUUUUUUUUUCAUUUCUACAUUAUGGUUUUAUGAUAUGAUUUACAUUUGAUGUUCUUAAUGCAAAAUUCAUAUCUUGAGCAAACAGUUGUAAAGAACUGAACCCUAAUUCUUUCUUCUAUAAAAAAAAAAAAACUGACCAGAAAAAAAAAGGUGCGAAAUGUUUGUAUAUUGUACAGCAUUAUUUCUUUCUAAAAAAAUCAAUCCCUGACACAUUUCUGUGUCAAUCGAAAGUUAAGGGGAAUGCUAAAACUUUUACAAUACUGUGAUUAUGAUUUUUUUAUCUGUUUUUGUCCCUUUCCUAUGAUUAUGGUGUGUAAACUGCCUAGAGCUACCUUGAUAUCUGGGGCUGCAAAAAAAUAAAUAAGAUGAAAUGUUAAAAGUGAUUAAAUGUUGAUACAGAUGAUGAAAAGUUUUAUCUCCUUAACAGAUGUUUGGUCUGCUUCAGUAGGAAAAACUAGAUUGUAUCGUGUUAAAAUGGGGAUGGUGUAAAUUUGUGUUUUUUUUAAUUUGCAUUUUGUUUUUCAGCAGUUAACAGUUAUUUUGUUUAGAGAAAGAACUCAGCAAUUUCCAAAAUGGGCAAACCCCCCCUCAAACCUCCUCCCACUUGAAGAAAAUAUUAAAAUAGCUGAGGAAAAAAAACACAUCCAGCUUUUGACCUCUUAAAAGCGGAAGUUCCUUUGAUUCUCCCUCAGUGGCCUUCAUACGUCAUAGCCUUUUCAUAAGACUUGUCCUUAAUUAAUUCCAAUAAUUUAACUGGAUUAAAUGAUUGAAAGAAAAAUAGAAUAAUACAAUUUUAAUCAGACCAGAUUAUGGCCUUUUUAAAGGGAAGAUACAAAGCUGUUAAAAUUACAUCUUACUCCUGAAUACGCAGUUUGUAAUGGGAGGUAUUUCUAGUUCUGAGUAUCUGUCAACCUAAUUUAAAUUUGAAUGAUUAUUUCCUUCCUUUAAUGUUGGAAAACAACUUUUUGUAUGAGGCUCUUCUGAUGAAAGAUGCAUUUCCACAUGUGUUGAUUUUUUAAAAAAGUAUUAAGCUCAUAAUGCCAUGUUGUUGUGUCUCAUUUUUUCCUUCAUGUUCUAAAUCUAAAACAAUGUUUUCUUUUGUUAGUCCAGAAUACGGUGUUGCUGAGCUUUCGUUGCAUGGCCUACAGUAACUCUGCUGUUGUAUGUGUGUGUGAAAGAGAGAGGGAGAGAAAAACCCCAUUUCUUCUACACAAGUAAAAAGGAUUAUUUUGUGCUCACUUAGACAAAACCCAUCUUAAUUCUGGCAAACCCUAGUAGUAUGCCAAAUGUUUUGAACUCAAAACAAUUUGAACUCAAAAUUGUUUUGUCUGUCCACUCUGUUCUGAAUUCGAAACGUUUUGCGCUUGAAACGGCUGGUUCCAACUUUAUUGGAAAUGGUUAAUUGGUGUUUUUUAACCAAGGAAAAAUUCCUGCUUUAUACACUGCAAAAAGGAAGGAUUUACGAGCUAGCUAAGACUUCAUCAGAGCAGAAACCAAUGGCUGCUAACAACCAGAUGGAAUUUGGCAUCUGAUGCAGUGAUUGUGGCAAACAACCCUGAUUUCAAGGCUGUCAGCAAAGUUCCUUGAACAACUCACUUUCUAUUAUAUAAAAUCUCCGUAAUGUUUCUAACUCCCUUGAUUUAGUAUUCAUCAUUCAGAGGUAGCGGAAGACAGAUUUAACAACAUUCCCUAGAACUUAUUUAUUUAAAAGAAAGCAUUUAUAGGGCUGACUGUCUACUAAUCAACUCUGGGAAGCUCCCAGUCAAAAGUUAAAACAGCAUAUAAAAUCAUAUUAAAAUUAAACAGACGAAAUCAUUCUUCUUUAUUUUGUCUUUUACGGCUUUGGGCGUUGAGGGAGAUAACAGAAUUGUGUUUUUUUUCUUUACUGGCAGAUUCAGUGAUUGUUACUUGAUGCUGUUAUAGUGUGUCUUUGACCUCUCAAAGUCCGACCCUUCAUCCACGUUGUGAGAGGUGGCAACAGGACAAAGUAAGGGUUUGCUAGGCGUGGGUGAAGCUAUGGCGUGGCCUUACCCUGCAGGAUGGUUAAAGGAGCCACGAAGGCCAUUCUGAGUCACCUUGAAAUGACCUGCCUAAAGGGGCUCUGGCGAAGUUGCGACAGACCCAGCAAGCCGGCAAUGGAUAAUCUAUUGCUACAGAAAUUAUAAUGAUACAAACGGACUGAUGAAAGCAUUAAAAACAACAAAAAUGUGGUGCCAAGUUAAACUUCUCUUGUGUAGUCAUCCAAUG